GUUUACUAAUCUUGCUGACAUAAGCGUCAGCUCGUGAAUAUUUGUCGAUUUUUCUAUCGAAAGUUUCUCAAGAUACAUCAUAUUCUCGUAAAAAUUACUAUUAGAGCGGGUAUCGGUGAAGAAUUUUUUUUAUUUCGAGUUCUAGGUUAAGAUGAGUGUCAUUAUACGUCUACAAAACUUACCGUGGUCUGCUAAUGCUCUCGACAUACGUCAAUUCUUUCACGGAUUAAGCAUUCCUGAGGGAGGCGUUCACAUCGUUGGUGGAGAACAAGGCGACGCGUUCAUCGCUUUCAGUACUGACGAAGAUGCGCGUCAAGCCUUCGCGAGAAACAAUGGCAAAAUUAAAGAAGUCCAAAUCAGCCUCAUGCUCAGUUCACGAACCGAAAUGCAAAAAGUCAUCGAAGCCGCGAGAGCACAAUCAUAUGCCGCAUUUAUGCAAAAUCCAACACCGACCGUCCCCAUGCCAGCCGCCGUUCCUGCCAUAAUUCCAGCAGCCGUUCCCGAACUCAAAAAAGAAAACAGUAAAGACCGAGACACCAAAGACAAACGCGACAGGAAACGAUCCCGAUCUAGAUCCCGCGAUCGCAAAGAUCGUGAUCGCCGCGACAGGAGAUACAGAGACAGAAGCAGGUCCAGGUCGAGGGAACGGAGAGAACGCCGCCGAAGAGAUAGAAGCCGUAGUCGAGGACGUUCCCGCUCGAAAGACCGCGAUCGCAAGAACAGAGACCGAAAACGCUCAACGGAAAAUUUUAACCAGAAAGAUGGGAAAAAAAUACCAGAAGUUUGGGCUAAUCAGAACUCCAACGACAGUAUUCCAGCCGCUCCACUUCCACCGAGUUUGUUCGGGAAUUAUCCCGGAAAUUUGGAUGAUGCGAGGAGAAAUUUGAAUGCGUUGACUGGGCAAGCGAAUACCAACGGGAGGAAUAAUUUUCCGGUGGGUAAUUUUGGGAUGAACCGGUCAAGGGAUAGUUGGCCUCCACAAAACACAUCGAAUGAYAAUGACCAAACUAAYUUUCUUAAUCGAUCCGAUGACAGUCUAUCGGACUCGCGACAACGUCCAGGACCAGGUCAAAACUUCCCAAAUCGACGAUUUACACGCAAUAAUAAUUUUCCAAGAGCAGAAAAUGACCAACAAUAUCCUCCCGCAGAACGCGAACCUUUGCCCGAUUGUUGCGUGAGAUUACAACCCUUUUAUGGGGGUUAUGGCGACAUUAGAAGGUUUUUCCAAGGGUCGUUUAUUAGUAACGUAGGGAUUAAAUUCAUUAAUGAUGAUUUUGGCCACCGGACCGGUAUAGUAUACAUUCAGUUUGGGCACCCACAAGGAAAACUUGAUGCUUUGCACAAAAAUGGUGAAAUCCUAAACGGUGUUAAAGUGGAGGUUGUUCAUAUCGACGACGAAGAGUUUGAUGAAGCUGUGGAUCGAUACCAACCAGAGGUUUACCAACCAAACAAUGAAAACACUAAAUUUAGAAGCAAAAACAUCACUAAAUAUUUCAAUAAAGCGCAAGAGCCGGAAUUGGAAGUAUUUUCAUGUUUGACAGUCGAUGAUUUGCCAACUUAUGUCAAGGAACAAGACAUACUCAAACUAUUUUCGCCUCGACCACUACUUGCGCUUUUCCUCACACCGAAACCGAGAGGGGGUCACAUAGCUUAUGUCAAAUUCGGGUCAGCUGAGGAAGCCAAAAAGGCAUUGGAGGAGACUUCGAACCACAUAGUUGGGAGCAAAUCUGUCACUGUUAAACCAUGCGAGGACCGCGAAUUUGAAAACAUCAGCCAACAACACAACGUCGAUUUGGAUCGCAAAUCUAGUCCAGUGCCCCAAUUAGACACAGACUGUAUUAACCUAACCCGCCUCCCUCUCCAAACCAACAAUAUCGAGAUUGCCGAUUUCUUUUCCGACAUCGGAGUCAGACCGACGAAAAUCCACCUGAUGAGCAACCGGUUAGGUUUCACCGGCCAGGCUUUCUGUGAAUUUAAAACCAAAGAAGACGCCGCGCAAGCACUGAAGAAAGACAAUUCGAGUUUUGGGCCAAACAUUGUCUCGGUUCAGCCGUUUCCUCGUGAAGAAAUGGAGCAUAUUCUUCAGCAGUCUCCGGCACCAAAUGUUCCGCUUUUGCAACAGCCGCUUAUGCCAAGAGGUCCCACAAUGAACCAAAACCGACCGUUCUUCCCGAGGAAUAGCUAUGAGGGAGGGCCACCGCGGGGUGGGCAUCGCUUUAUGGGACACAGGGCCCCGAGGCCGAGGUUUAUGAACGCUGUGGUUACGGAUGAUGCCCCUCCGGGUUGCACCGUCUAUAUGGACAACGUACCCUAUAAGGCUGGGACUAACGAGAUUUUGGAUUUCUUCGACGGUUAUGACAUUACUAAUAAUGUUAGUCGGAGAUUCAAUCCGAAUAAUACUCCGAGUGCGGAAGCUAAGGUUAUUUUUAAUUCGCCUGAAGAAGCGUAUAGGGCGGUUCAAGAGAAGAACGGCCAAAAAAUUUGGGAAAGACCUAUUUAUUUAAAACAAGUAUAGUAGACUGAACUAAAAUUUUAGAUUGUAAAAUUUAUUUGAUAAGGAUUUGUACCUACGUGGGUCUUUUAGGAGACUCUUAAAAAUGGAAGUGUAGUUAAAGUGAUUAUGUACUGUUAAGUAUUUGGCUUACACUUUUUGAGUUAUUGUAUUUUAAGGUCUUCUUUGUAAAUAUUUUAGGAGAAAGUGUAUGAAAAAUUUGGAUGAAUGGACGUUUAUAAUUAUUAAUUUUUUAAUAUUGCUAUGUACAUAGUCUAAAAACCAUCAUAUUGGAAUGAUUCAUCUCAUAAUUUUCUAUUUCUACACUUAAGUUACUAUGUAAAAGAGUAUCCUAAUAAAAUAUGCCGUGCAUAUAUGGAAAUAUAGUUUUUUUAUACUACA